GAAGCCCUCGCAAUCCACAUCACCAUGAGCAAAGAUUCCGAGGUGGACAUGGCGGAGGUGGACAUGAAGGAGGUGGAGCUCAACGAGCUGGAGCCCGAGAAGCAGCCCAUGAAUGCGGCCGCCCCGCCGCCCGCCGCCUCGGGGGGCGAGAAGAACGGCGUGGUCAAGGUCAAGGUGGCCGACGACGAGGCUGAUGCCGCGGCCGCCUCCAAGUUCACGGGCCUGUCCAAGGAGGAGCUGCUGAAGGUGGCCGGGAGCCCCGCCUGCGUGCGCACCCGCUGGGCCCUGCUGCUGCUCUUCUGGCUGGGCUGGCUGGGCAUGCUGGCCGGUGCCGUGGUCAUCAUCGUGCAGGCGCCCUGCUGCCGCGAGCUGCCCGUCCAGCGCUGGUGGCACCAGGGUGCCCUGUACCGCAUCGGAGACCUGAAGGCCUUCCAGGGCCAGCCCCGUAACGCCAACGGGAGUCUGCCAGGGGUGAAGGCCCAUCUCGAUUACCUGAGCACCCUCAAAGUGAAGGCCCUGGUGUUGGGGCCCAUCCACAAGAACCUUGAAGAUGACCUUGCUAAGACGGACCUGCUGCAGAUCGACCCCACCGUGGGCUCCCAGAAAGAGUUCCUCCAACUCUUAGAAGCAGCUAAGAAAAAGAACAUCCAGAUCAUUCUAGAUCUCACUCCCAACUACCAAAGUUAGAACAGCUGGUUUCUGAAGAACGAGAGUGAAGAAGUGAGUGAGAAGAUGAAGGAAGCCCUGAGCUUUUGGCUGAAGGCCGGUGUGAAUGGUAUCCAGGUCCAUGAUGUCCAGAAGCUUAGCGAUGCGGCUUCAUUCCUGUCUCAUUGGAGUAACCUCACUCAUAGCAUCAGUGAUGACAGGGUCCUGAUUGCCGGAACAGGAGCCUCAGACCUUUGGGAGAUCUUGAGCCUGCUGAAUGAUACUGAGCUGCUGAGCAGCUCGUACCUAGGAGACUUUGAGAAAAGGAGUUCCUCAGGGAAAGAGCUGAAAGAAUUGGUCGAUAGCUACCUGAGCGCCGCUGGUGGCCGCUGGUGCAGCUGGACAUAUUCUCAGGUCGGCCACUUGGCCUCCUAUAUGCCAGCCCAUCUUCUCCGUCUCUACCACCUAUUGCUGUUCACACUUCCUGGGACACCUGUCUUUAGUUAUGGGGAUGAAAUUGGCUUGCAGGCGGCCACCGUCCCCGGACAGCCUGCUGAAACCCCCAUCAUGCUUUGGGAUGAAAAAACACUUGGGCCUUCUGAGUCCGUGAACCUCAACAUUACUGUCCAGGGCCAGACUAAGGACCCCACCUCUCUCCUUGCUCUGUUCCGUAAACUGAGUGACAGCCGAGGGAAGGAGCGGUCCUUGCUGCACGGGGACUUUGUGGUCCUGCCCACCCAAGAUGACCUCUUUGCCUAUGUGCGAUACUGGGACCAAAAUGAGCGAUUCAUCGUUGUCCUCAACCUGGGCCCCACGAGCCAUGAGGCUGAGCUGAGGAUGCCCUCUGUGUCGGGCAGCCAGAAGCUGGAGCUUCCCGAGAAGGCAGCCCUGGUGCUCAGCACCCAAGGGAGCCACCAGGAAGGCAGCAUGCUGUUCUUGCACAAGCUGGCUGUGGCCCCGGGGGAGGGGCUGCUGCUCAAAUUCCCCUAUGUGGCCUGA